AUGAAUUACCAAGCAGUAACAUCCGAUGAAGAACUGGUUCACCAACCGAAUCGAGAUAGAAAAACUGUCAACAACAUUUUGGGUUGGUAUUUAUAUUGUUUUUCAAGCGAACCCUUUAUAGUUUCUGCUGUUUCCACUUAUGUUCCACUGCUGCUUGAGCAAUUUGCACGUAUGAACGGUGUGUCCGUGGACGACCAUUCGCUGAACUGUGUGAAUCCUAACCAAAAAUGUGUGCUGGGCGUUUUGAACAACUCAUUUUACAUUGACACCGCGAGUUUUGCACUGUACACGUUCUCCAUUAGCGUUCUUUUCCAAGCAGUGCUGGUAAUCUCUGUUUCCGGGCUAGUCGACAUGUGGAGCUCUGUUAAACUCAGGGCAAAUGUCAUGCUGGCGUUCGGAGUCGUUGGGGGCGUCUCAACUAUGGCCAUAUCGCAGCUGGACACCUCCCAGUAUUACUCUUUAGCAGUGCUAGCGGUGAUCUCUAACUGUUGCUACGGUGUGGUGAAUGUGGUCGGCAAUUCUUUACUACCGGUAUUCACACGCGACCUAAUUCAGUACAACUCGGCUCACAAAAAGGACGACCACGAAGUAACCACCUCUGUCACCAGUGGAAGAGGCUCCGGACUAGGUUACAUUGCUGCUCUUGUAGUCCAAAUUGGGUCAAUCCUACUGAUCAAAAUGAGUAAAACUCACGAUAACAUUCAAGUCGCGGUGCUCUUAGUGGGCGUCUGGUGGCUUGUAUGGCAGCUCCCUCUUGUGUGGCUUUUGCAGGACAUCUUGCCACCUCUAGUCGAGACUCGCGAUAUGCAAAUAUCUUCUUCCAUCCAAUAUUUGGCAUUCGGUUGGCGGUCGUUGUUUGAGGCGCUCAAGCAUGCCUCUCUUUUGAAGGACGUUGUCAUAUUUUUAAUCGGCUGGUUUAUUGUCUCUGAUUCUGUUACGACAAUCAACUCAACCGCUAUACUUUUCGCGAAGACUGACCUAGGAAUGGGGACUAUGGGGCUCAUAACUGUUAGCAUUCUAUCGCUUCUUAGCGGAAUCAUAGGAGCGUUUUUAAUACCUCAGAUUCUAGCCUCGCAUUUUAAACUGUCCCAGCAAGGCAUGAUGAUCACUAUUAUUUGCUGGGCUGGUUUCAUUCCGCUUUACGGAACUCUGGGAUUCUUUUUUGACUCAUUCGGUUUAAAACAUACUGGUGAAAUGUAUGUUUUGGCGGUCUGGUACGGUCUUGCUAUGGGUGGACUGUCAGCAGUUUCUCGUUCGGUUUUCAGUUUGAUUAUACCUAGCGGCAAAGAAUCCACCUUUUUCAGCCUCUUCAGCGUCACUGACAAAGGUUCUUCCAUCAUUGGUCCAUUCCUUGCUGGUUUCAUCACUGACAGAACCCAUAACAUCAGGUACUCCUUCUAUUUGCUACUCUUCCUGCUUCUUGUUUCGUUACCUGUCUUCAAAAUGCUUGAUGUCAAGAGAGGUAAGAAAGAAGCAGAAGAACUGGGGAAUAUACAGAUCCUAAAUGACUAA